UCCGAAAUCAACCAAUUAAAGCCCAAAUCGUAUAAUAGUUUCUCUCUAACUCCUCCCACUGAGAUGACCCAUAGUACCCCAUUCCUUGCUGCAAUGUAAUUAUAUUUAAUUACAAGUGUGCUCCUGGUGGUCUUUAACUGAAGGGCACUGACUGGGUCACUGGUGAAGUUCCCCGCAGGAACUGAGUCAGACCCCAUCUCAGGGCCCCGCACAAGAUAGGUGCCUGCACUAAGGCGUGGACCCUCGCGACAGCCCUGGCCCGUCUUGACGGGCGAGGGUUACUGUACUUGUCCCAACCGUACAGAUGAGAAAGCUGAGACUCAGGGCGAGCAACCCGGGUCCCAGCGGAGCGCCGGGCACGCGCCGACACUUCCGCACCAGUCGCGGUGGCCACCACUGUGCGCGGAGAUGGCUGCGACGCGUGCGCAGAUCUCGAUCCCAAACUCCCUCCUGCCAGAAUCUGGACCCGAAUCCACCCAUUGCCCAGUUUCCGCUGCCGCUGGAGAGAAUCUCUGAGGUCCCCAGGACAGCCUGCCUGCACGGAAGAGAUGCCUCCUCAGUAUGGCCGCCCCCGGAGAGGAGCGAUUAAGUGCAGACCUCCAUGUUGCUCUUGAGCCUGAGCGGCUUCAGGGAGCCAUGUUUGUUACUGGCGGGCGCCGGCCUCACUGAGCAUGUGCAGCCCUGGCCGGGCGGCCUCAAAGUUCUGACAUCACAGGGCGGUUCCUGAAGUGGACGUAGUUGUAAGAGCUAGUUAUUUUAGACAAUGCCUCUGGGAUCAGGGACUCUAAUCUGGAAAUAGGUAGUAGGAGAGGUCGGUGAUGCAGUCUCUGGGUCAGAGACCUGAGCUAUACGGGGUUAGAGAGGGGCCCUGGGCAGGCGAGUCUCUGGGGAGUGUGGUGAGAAUCCUUGUGUAAGAUGCUGGGAGGAGGUGGGGUCAGGGCUGGGGUCCGUGGGCCGACGGGUUGGGGGAUGGCCAGCGUCAGGGAUCAGUAGUAGAGAUUCUAUGUGCCCUGAUCGCCAGUAGAGGUUUUAAAUACAGAGUAUUCAUGAGUUUAGCAAUGUUAUUCGCCUCUCAUAAUUUAAAUAAUUUGAAGUUUUCCCCAAUAACUAGUGUCUUAGAAGUCAUGAAAAUUUCAGAAAAUGACAGGUCUUCUGAGUUCGUGAUGGGAGUUGGGCAGCAGUCGCAUACGAGCACCUGGAGAGUCCUUGCCAGUUCUUUGGGGAUGGGGAGCUCUUAAGACUGCCCUGAGACCGCCCUUUGACCUCAUUGUGGUCCUUUCUAGAUUAAAUGCUGUUUUCCAUGACCGUCUCUGUUCUUCCCAUACGCGAAUGGCAGGCAUCCAGAUCUCCAAGAAUAGAGGAUUAGGAGAGACUCCACCACCUAUGUCCUCACAGUUAAUUAUCGAUUUGUGUCACUUGCCCAUUUUCUCACUUCCUGUUUGUGUGUCAAGGAGUAUUAAUAAAUCUUUGCCUAUUUAAAGAUAUUAGCCUUGGAUUUUCAAAUAUUGCAUAUUUUGACAUGUAAAAAUUUGUUAGUUUUAUUUUUUCAACCGAUCUGACCUGUAUAGUUGGGCUUGAGGAAGCUUCCUCAUUGUACAUGUUACUAUGGAUUUUCUAAUAUUAACACAGGGUUGUAUUUUUUCCAUAUAACUUUCUAUUGAAUUUCUUUUUCCAUAUGAUAGGUGGUGAAGGUUUAGCCCAGUAAAGCAGAGAGGUUAAGAGGUUAGAUUGGGGGCUCUGGAGCCAGACCUAUGUAGAUCCGAGUCCUGGCUCUGGCACUUGAAAGCCGUGUGACCUUGGUUAAGAUACUUAGCCCCUCUCUGCCAAAUGGAGAAAUAAGGGCACCUACCCCGUAGGGUAGUUGUGUGAUUACACAAGUUAAUACACUUCAAUCACUAGCAAGAAAGUGAAUGUCAAGCUGUAUUUGUUCAGGCAGCCAUAUGGUAGCCCCACCUCCUUAGUAAACUGAGGUAUUGAAGUAUCUUCUUUUUCUUUCAGAAAAUAUUUGUCAAGCACCUUCUGUGUUCUAAGAACUGUUCUAGAGCUUUGCAUGCUAUGGAGGUCUAGAAAUUCACAUUAUGGUGGCAGGUGACAGACAAUACAAAGAGAUAAAGCAAUUUCAUAUAGUGAUAACCUAGGGAGGAGUGCUAAAAGGAGCCAAGGUGUAGUGGUGACUGGAAGGUGACCAGGGAAACCACUGUAGGGUUUCUAAGUGAUGAGACCUGUGACAAAUCCCUGUGGUCAGCAGCAGGCAUUGGAUAUGUAACUUUAUUCUGUCCCAUUGAUCUUGUAGUCAACCCUGGUCUGUUCUGUAUUGUUUUAAUUACAUAAUCUUUGUAAUAAUCUUUAAUACCUGGUGGAGUGCUCUGUUUACUUAUUUCUGCGUAAUUAACCACCCCUAAGCUUAACUUACUCAUGGUUCUGCAGGGUGACUGCUCUCCAUGGUUCUAGGUGGUUCUGCAUGGGGCCUCUCACAUGUGCUACAGUCAAACAUUAGCCGGGGCCACAGUCAUCUGAAACUCACUUACACGGCUGACAAUUGAUGUUGGCUGUUGCCUGGAGAAGACAUAUGUGGCCUGGUGGAAUGGAAUGGUGACUAGAUUCAAGAAAGAGCUUCCCAGGAGCAAGGCUACCAAGAGACCGAAGUAGAGGCUUCAGUUUCUUUAAAAAAAAAAAAAAAAAUCGGGCCAGGCGCGAUGGCUCACGCAUGUAAUCCCAGCACUUUGGGAGGCCAAGGCAGGCAGAUCACAAGGUCAUGAGAUCGAGACCAUCCUGGCCAACAUAGUGAAACCCGUCUCCAAUAAAAAAAAAAAAUACAAAAAUUAGCUGGGCAUGGUGGUGUGUGACGGUAGUCCCAACUACUUGGGAGGCUGAGACAGGAGAAUCUCUAAAACCUGGGAGGCGGAGGUUGCAGUGAGCUGAGAUUACACCACUGCACUCAA